CGUGAUUGCAUUGAUACUGAUUCUCUGACACUGCUGGAUUUUGUGUAUAAAUAUUUCUUACAUAAAAUAAAAACUAAAACAUACUGACCUUAAAAUAUACAGGCACAAAGGAUUAAUAAAAUUUAUCUAAACUGUUAACAAAAAUGGCAGUGUCAGGACGUAAACUUCCAGAUUUUCAAUCUUCAGUGUCAAAAGGUUCAGCAGAGGAUUUUAACCACGAGUGUGAUCCCUGUUUCAAUGAUGGUCAACAUGAAGAUGCCCAUGGUUAUUGUGUAGACUGCAAGGAAUAUCUUUGCAAAAACUGCUUUAAAUUUCAUCAAAGAACCAAGGCUUUAAAUCACCAUCAACUGCUGGACAAAACUAACAUAGAUGACUACAAAACUUCUUCAACAACGUCUCAAGUAUGCACUGAAAAAUGUACAAGACAUGCUAACGAGGUAAUCAAGUUUUUUUGUCAAGAACACAAGGUACUUUGUUGUCAUGACUGCAUGACCAUGGACCAUAGGACAUGUAAGAUUGACUAUAUACCUGAUAACUGUGCUGGAAUAGAAGACAGUGAUGAAUACAAGAGGACAAUGUGGCUGUUGAAUCAAAAGUUGAAAGAAAUAGAUUUCGUAAUGAAAAAGGCAACAGUCAGGGAUAAGGAGAUUGAUGUUUGCUAUGACAACCUCAUCCAAGAAAUUGUCAAAUUCCGAAAAGAAAUAAAUGAUCGCUUAGACCAACUGCAAAAACAAAUUGAGAAAGAGGCUGACAGAAAGAAAUCUGAUGAUAAACAAGUCAUCAAGAAAGCGCUUCAAACAUGUACAAAUGUUUCUGCUGAUAUUAACAAACUUCAGUCAAAUUUAAGUUCUAACAAUCAAUCAAAACAGAAUGGGCAACUUUACAUCAACAUUAAACAAGCUCAAUCCAAACUAAAGUCAGAUGAAAUAGAAAAGGCUGAAGAAGGUUUAGAAAAGACAAACAUGCAAAACACCUUUGAACGUAACAAAAACUUAGAAGAUGUGUUGUCCAAACCAAAUAUUCUUGGUAACCUCAACCUAUCCAACAACCUAGUCCUGCCACGAAAGGAAGUUGACAAGCAGAUCAGAAUAAAAUAUAUAAAAGUAAGAACAAAGUCAGACACUCGUCAAUGCUGUAUUACAGGAUGUGCUGUCUUGUCCUCUAACAAACUGGUGCUGGCUGAUAUAAAUAAUAGCAAGCUUAAAGUUGUAGACAUACAAAGUAAAACUGUGACAGCAGAGAAAGCACUUGACUGCAUCCCAUUGGACAUUGCUACAAUGCCUAGGGACCAGAUUGCUGUGACACUGCCACCCAACAGGACGGUUAUCAUAAUAAAAGCAGCCAGUAAUCUGUCAAUUGUCCAGAAGAUUCCAGUUAAAUCUAAAUGCUAUGGUAUAACUUAUCAUCAAGAGCAUCUCUAUGUUGUUUGUCAGAGACCUAACAGUGUAUUGGUACUAGAUACACAAGGUAAUGUCCAGAACACAAUAUCCCUGAAUAAUGACAUAUUUAAUGAUCUACAAUAUAUUGUAGUAACUGAGGAUUCUAGACAUAUCUAUAUCAGUGACUAUCUUAGCAACUGUAUAGUCAGUAUAACAUUACAAGGUGAUGUGUCAGCUGUAUACAAACACGAGAAACUUAAAGGACCACUGGGAAUGGUGAUGUUAGAAGAUGGAUCAUUGCUGGUUUGUUUCUACUACACUGCCACCAUUCAUCAUGUAUCAGGAAACUUGAAGCAAGGUCAGAAAAUAACUGAUAGUCUAUCAUGGUCUAUAUGCUACAGUCAUCAUCAUGAUGAAGUCUAUAUUGGCUGUAAUGGUAAUGAGCUGGAAAACUACACUUUGAAAUAGGAUGUAAAUAUCUACUGCAGUUCCUGAAUAUGAAAAUCAACUUACUCAUACACUUAAUUUUCGCAAUAAUCAUCACGUGCUUUGUUAACACAAUGAGAAAAGGAG